CGAAUCCUUCAUUGUUAAAUUGAUGUCUGCAUUCUGGCAGCUCGUCUUAGCAGUUGCUUGCGUCUCAAACCUUACUUUGGGCUCCAAUGUCAUUCACAACAGAAGCGAAAAAAACAAAUUUAAUGAUCAAACCUCACACUGGGAAAUAAAUUAUGACAAAAAUGUCCCCUACUCACCUACGGGAGAUAAUACUGAGCUCCUCUACUCGGCCCUUCCCAAGAAAGCAAGACUCGCAUCAUACAAGCACUCCUUGAAAACUGCAACUCCAAGCAAACAAUGGCCCCUGGCACCACCCAACAGAUUAAAUUUUUCGACUGACUCUUCACAUGUAGUACACUUUGAAAGUGACUUCUCAUCACAAAUCAAUGACGACUCUAGCGGAUUUUUCAAUGUAUCUUAUUUUGGGAAUACCUCAUUAGCAAUUGCGCCUCUGAACAAGCUUCGACAUGACACUUCCAACUAUGAUGCAUCCGAAGCUGCACGUCAUCGACAGCUGUUACGGCAUACCCUGGAGGGUCUGAGUUCACUAAUGUUGAAAUUAAACAUUAUAGGCAAAUGCUCAGUCUUCACAGUUGAUGAAGUUAAGAACUCAACAACAGAAAUAAUUGAUCAUAUUUUCGUAAAACGUACAGAAAAUGACAUUAACAGUUCCAACAACAUUUGGAAAACAAGGAAACAUCCAGUGCGCAGGGCAUUGAGUAGAUUAGUAACAGCUAAUUGGAAUGAAAUGGAAAGUUGCGAUCAUAGCAUUACCAUCUUGUCAAUGAGAGAGCAAUACGAAGCAAUCAUCAACAAACUAGACGACGAUUUAAAAGCUUUCUUUUUCAAGCAGAUUCAUCCAUUAUUUCAGUACAUGGAGUCGGGAGGUUAUACAAAUUUUGAAAAGCUAAUGCCGAUUGCUCAUUUUAUUUGCGAGAAAACUCUUUCCCUGAAAGACUCAGAAGCAGAGCAGUGCGAAGAAGACUUUUUGUCACUUACAACCAAAGUCUUAGGUGAGAACUUUAAU